AUGGCGCUUCGGUUUCUCUUUGCUGUUUUGUCUUGUGUUCUUCUUCUUCCUGAAUCUGCACUUGGGAUCACAAGGCAUUAUACUCUGGACAUCAAAAUGCAUAACGUGACACGUCUCUGCCACACGAAGAGCCUUGUAUCUGUAAACGGGCAGUUUCCAGGACCUAAGAUUGUUGCUAGAGAAGGUGACCAGCUUCUGAUCAAAGUUGUUAACAAUGUGCCAAACAAUAUCUCUCUCCACUGGCAUGGGAUCAGGCAAUUAAGGUCUGGUUGGGCUGAUGGACCAGCUUACAUAACCCAGUGUCCUAUUCAAACAGGGCAAAGCUAUGUCUACAACUACACCAUUGUUGGUCAAAGAGGCACACUGUGGUACCAUGCUCACAUUUCAUGGCUGAGAUCAACAGUCUAUGGUCCUCUUAUCAUCCUUCCCAAACGUGGUGUUCCUUACCCUUUUCCUAAACCUCACAAAGAAGUUCCCAUGAUCUUUGGGGAGUGGUUCAACGUAGACACUGAGGCAAUCAUUCGACAAGCAACACAAACAGGAGGUGGUCCUAAUGUCUCUGAUGCUUACACGAUCAACGGACUUCCUGGUCCGUUAUACAACUGCUCGGUUAAAGAUACAUUCAGACUAAGAGUGAAGCCAGCAAAAACAUACCUUCUCAGGAUAAUCAAUGCUGCACUUAAUGACGAACUCUUUUUCAGCAUUGCAAACCACACGGUCACGGUUGUUGAAGCUGAUGCCAUCUAUGUUAAGCCAUUUGAGACGGAUACCAUCUUGAUUGCUCCUGGACAGACCACAAACGUCCUGCUCAAGACCAGACCUAGUUACCCUAGUGCCUCUUUCUUCAUGUCUGCUAGACCAUAUGUCACAGGUCAAGGAACUUUCGAUAACUCUACAGUUGCUGGCAUCUUGGAAUAUGAAACACCUAAACAUGCAAAGACCUCUAUCAAGAACCUUCAGCUCUUCAAACCAGUGCUUCCUGCUCUGAACGAUACAAAUUAUGCUACAAGUUUCAGCAAUAAGCUGCGCAGCCUGAACAGCAAGAAGUUCCCGGCGAACGUGCCUUUGAAGGUUGACCGGAAGUUCUUUUUCACAGUAGGGUUGGGAACAAACCCGUGCAACCACAAGAACAACCAGACAUGCCAGGGUCCUACUAACACCACAAUGUUUGCUGCUUCGAUCAGCAACAUCUCCUUCACAAUGCCAACGAAAGCUCUCCUUCAGUCUCACUAUUCAGGGAAAUCUCAAGGAGUGUAUUCUCCAAACUUCCCGUGGAACCCCAUUGUCCCGUUUAACUACACAGGAACUCCACCUAACAACACCAUGGUUAGCAUCGGUACGAACGUGAUGGCUCUACGUUAUAACACAAGUGUAGAGCUGGUUCUGCAAGACACUAGCAUUCUUGGCGCUGAGAGCCAUCCUCUUCACCUUCAUGGGUUCAACUUCUUCGUCGUUGGCCGAGGAUUUGGGAACUUCGACCAGAACAAGGAUCCUAAAAACUUCAAUCUUGUUGAUCCAAUAGAGAGGAACACAGUCGGUGUGCCAUCUGGUGGAUGGGCUGCUAUUCGAUUCCUCGCAGAUAAUCCAGGAGUGUGGUUCAUGCACUGUCACUUGGAAGUACAUACCAGUUGGGGUCUGAGGAUGGCUUGGCUUGUUCUUGAUGGAGAUAAGCCUGAUCAGAAGCUUCUUCCUCCUCCUGCAGACUUGCCCAAAUGCUGA